GAAAAAGGCAAAGCCUCUGAGCGAGCGUAGCUUAAACGGCAAAGAAACUAUUCACUGCUUAAAACAAUUCCGAGAACCUAUUCACUUGAAAAGAAACAAAAAUUUAGUGUCAUUAUACCUGUAACAGCGAAUAUCAUACGUUGCAAAAUUUAUGGAAAGCCGGUGUCACGGUGACGUCAUUACCUGUUUGUGGCGUUCUUAUUGCUUUAUGCUUUUUUAUGAUAUUCUGUCCCAUUUUCUGGCCAAUGCUUGAUCUUUUAAAAGAAAAUCAUACUUUUUUCUACCAACUGGAAAUCUUUCUUGCAUUAUUUUUGAGUGAUGGAUAAUAUUCAGCAAUCAAAUGAAGUUCUGUAUUCACUGCCAACAAAGCAUUUCCUGUGAGCACCUGUCGUCUAGGGACACGCACUUUGUAAAAUAAAAGCAAAAUUGAAAUUAUUUCCAUAACAUAACUUUUUUAAAAAUAAAGACACCUAAUGAACAUAGAGAUUGUAACUCAAAUAUAAAAUAAAAAAAAAAAAAAAAAAUUUUCCCGACUUUGACGGAAGUAGAACAAAAUGGCGGCACCCAAAAUGGCGGCGCCCAGACGAGAGGAAAAUUUUUCAGCUACAUCACUUUGCCCCAUUCGGCACACCUUUGUUAUAUUCGCCUACACAUUGCCAUUCUGCAGAUAGUCGGGAGCAGUCAGCCGUCCAGAUCUGUACCUUACAGCAAUUUAAAUCUGGAAGAACAACACUCGAGAGCGGCUUCUUCAAUACAGCCAAAUUAUGUUCGUGUACAAGCAGAUAUGUCCGAAGAAGAGAACCAGCAUACGAAUCUCAUCAGCGUUUCUCCUAUUCAGUCCGGAACCGGAAAUAUUAGGCAUAACGUUACACGGAUGCUCGAAGAUUCAGCGCAGACGCUGAAAAGUCAACUUCCAAGUACAUCACCACGUGUAGCACCUUACUCGCCAUACAGUACAGCUCACUUUAUGUCGUUUAGACAUAAUAUUCUGCACAAAAACAAUUUGAAUUAUAAUACAGAUAUCAGCCACGAAGAUGCAACAUCUGACAUUUCAAACAGCGACAUGUCCAUUUCUACAGACGGGUCUGUCUCUCCAAAAUUAUCUAGUUCCAUUACGCCUCCCCCGCCAAGUGAAGAAAGUUCGACAAUAGACAUCAUACCAACCAACGUCCAUUUCUCACCCUUAGACGAAACAAACUCUAGUAUCGAUUCUUCUCCUACUGUCGUAUCUACUUCUUCUAGAGCAGCAUCUUCAAAGUCUUCAAGGGUCUCUAACAAUGACAGAGUAAAUAGACUAGAGGACAAUGACGAACAGCCGAAGAAAAAGGCCCGAACCAACUACACAAACGAACAAGUACAGACGCUACUGAAAAUCUUUCAUGAGAAUCCAUACCCUGACUCUGAAAUGAUGGAAGAUAUUGCAAAAGACUUGAGCAUCAAUGAAAAACAAGUCAAGAUCUGGUUCCAGAACAAGAGAGCAAGAUGGCGCAGACGAGUCAAUGACAACAAGAACAACCAACCGCAGUCUUUCCUUCCUAUGUCACCUAUGUUGUCACCUGUUACACCAUAUGGCUUCAUGCCAACUGGUAAUAUGUUGACGUCAUCGCCGCUACAGAAUUUUCCUGGAUACUUCAAUUAUCCUUGGAUGCAGGGAAACAACAACCAACAACUUCCGGGACAAAUUUCGACCAAUCAGAUUCCACCAAAUUAUCAGACAGCCAACCACAGUGCAGCAUUGCAGAACCAGGCUUCGUCAACCGUUAGCCAGACACCAUUUUCAGGAACUACGUCCUAUGCCCAAUACGGUAGAGCAUUGCCUCAACAAAAUAUAACAACAAACCAACAAAGAUACUUGUUUCAAUACCCAGGGUACAUGUAUACAUCAGUAUGAGUAUUCACCUGUGAAAUGAGUCUGUAUAUAACAUCUGUUACUGUACAUAUUAUUGUUAUUGAUAUUUAAAAUAGCGUGCUAACUGAAUCAAUAGACACUGUAGUGCGCUCAAAAUCGAUUUAUAUAAUAUACAUAAUAAAAAAUAGAAUAU